AUGAACAUUGAACGGUACGAUUCGAAUACUUUCAUGAUCGAAUUUAGAAUGAAGGAAUGUCAGACAACAACAACAUACGAAGAUACUUCAAAAAUCAUCAUUAUCAACAGAAUUAAAAACUAUCUUGCCAUAAUACCUACAAAAUUAUUGCGAAGAUCUUCUAAAGGCAACAAUCGUUCUGUGUAUGACGAAAACACUACCAAGGAUAUAUUUUUCUGCGAACGAUUCGUCAGCGAGGCGCGACAACAAUUGUACAGCAGUAAAACACCUUCCACUAAAUUGGUAGACGUUGUCUUAGAGAUUACGAGUGAUGAUCAUUCAGCUGUGAAUCAAACGUUUGCGGCAAUAAAACAGAUUAGAAAAGAUUUUCUCUCGACUCGAAGCGAACAAUUUUUAUUAGCUCGCGUUGAAAUAAUAUCUCAAAUUAGUCAUCUACUUGAAUCACAAGCACACUUUGAUAUGCUAUUGGUCAAACCGAAUGAAAUGACAUCAAACCACAUAUCGUUAGAAUUGGACACAAAGAGUUGUACGAAAAAUACAUACGUCGUCAAAGUAUUAGCUAUGGACGACUCGAAGCAAUCGACUCAGCGCUCAGAAGCAGAUGUUGAAAGAACUCCUAAUGGAUCAUAUCAAUUAGAAAUGUUGAAUGUAGUCGAUGAAUUUAUGAUCAAAUUCGAAUCGUUCAUGACGACGUUGAAGGAAGUCCAGAAAGGGCUUAUUCAAUCGUCGAGAAGUCAGUAUACACAAGGCAAUGUGUCAAGUUGUGUGAUUUAUGCUGCAGAAGCUUGUUUACGAUUGCUCAAAGGGGAAAUACCGACCGUCGCGCUACUCGACGAAGUUAUCAGUUCGUUUGGAAGCGACCCAGACAUGGAACAUUUAGCCAUUACAGAUGUAUUAAGCAAUAUCGAUCGAUUUUCCAUAGGUCUACAACAACGAGAAGUAUGUCUGAUUAUCCUUGACGAUUUAGAAACAGAUCUUAGAAGAUUAAUCAAUAAUCAUAUGAACUAUGGUCCCUUUGGAUUGUUAAUCGUCAAACCGCCUGAAGCAAUUUCGCUCAUUGUUUUAUCAGUACAGAUAUUCAUCAUAUUCGACUCUCACAAAAGAAAUAAUACAACUGGCGCUUACUUUGACGUUGAAAAUGAUGCACGACAAAUAGUGAACAAAAUCACAAGACUUUGGCCUGUAACACAGAUACCUUUUGAUGAAUACGCUGAUGAUCACGAACGGUAUCAAAUGAGUCUUCUCAACAUGUGUGAAGUAUACGUCGUAGUUGCAUCUGAAGCAACUGCACUACCUCCGUUAGAUAUUUCUCAACUGGAGAGGAAACGAUUGGCGAAAGAGAUGAAAGAACAGAAAAAGGAAAUCGAAAUUCUACGGCGACAAGUUCAAGACUUAAAAGCAAUCAUUAAUAUCACUUCUAAUGGAAAAUAA